AAGCAUAUAUAGCUUCAAACCAACUCCAUCCUCCGAACUCUUUACCAUUUUCCUUAGCAUUCAAGAUUUAUCUCACAUCAUCAUCAUCUUCAAUUCUCAAAAUCAACAUAUUUCAUUUCAAUCCACCAACAUCAAUGGAAGAAACCACAAUCAACAACCCACAACUCCCUCCAAACCCAACCAAAUUCUACACUCACUUCUUGUACAAAGCCAUUUUUGUAUCUCUUUUCCUCUUACUUCUUCCCUUAUUCCCAUCUCAAGCCCCUGACUUCAUCAAUAACAAAACAAUAAACACCACAAGUUGGGAGUUCCUACAACUUGUCUUUGUCGGGAUCGCGGUCUCCUACGGCCUUUUCAGCAAACGAAACGACGAAACCCCGAAAGAAGAGGGCCCGUUUAAGCCCGAUAACGCGCAGUCUUACGUGGCUAGACUGCUUCAAGUGUCAUCUGUUUUUGAUGAUGAUACGGAUAACCCGUCUGCAUCCGGGUCACCCGACAAGGUUCAAACAUGGAACUCUCAAUAUUACCGGGGCGAACCAAUCGUAGUCGUUGCUAAAGAAUCCGAUGACACCACAACCGUAGAAAAACCUCUGCUUUUACCCGUUCGCAGCCUGAAAACACGCAUUUCUGAAUCAUCUGUACCCGAUUCCAAACCGUUUAACAGGUCGAAUUCGAGGCGCAUUUCAAGAAAUUUGAGUAGAUUGACUCCAGACGAAUCAGAACCCGAACAGAACAUUGUUCUACGGUCACCAAUACCAUGGAGAUCAAGAUCAGGAAGAAUGGAAGUCAAAGAGGACUUUUCACAAACACCUUCUGUGCAUGAUACUUCUGACACCAAUAAUCCAAUCGAAUCACCAUCUUUCCGGUACCAAUCUUUAAAGUCUUCAAAACCCGGAUCAAACCCAUCACCAGAACACAAACCCCACCCUUCAUCUCCAACAUUCCGUUCAGAAAUCCACUCAAUCGAAGACGUUACCUGGAAAAAGACCACAAACAGAGCAAAUUUCUCACAAAUCCCACCUCCGCCACCACCGCCGCCACCUCCGCCGCCACCCCACCGUCCGGCAACCAUGAAUCACACUCACAACACAACCAAUUUCUACCCCAACAGAGAAUUAAAACGAAACUCAAGAAGCGUGCCAGAACAAUUUCAAAACAGGGGAAGAAUAGGAACAGAAACAGAGCACAGAAGAAUUCGAAGUAAUAAUUCGUUGAGAACACGAAAAGAAGCUGAAUUGGAUGAGUAUUUAUCACAUGAUAGGGAAAUUGAAAGGUUUAUUGAAAGAAAAGGGAGUCAGAGGAAGAAAUUUAUGGAAGAAGAUAGUGAUUAUGCAAAAACAGAGGAGAAAGAAACGGUGGAAGAAACAGGGGAUAGUGAGAAAGAAGAAGGGGGUUAUGUAAAGGAUGAAGAGACGGUGGAGACUGAUAAUGGGCCAGAUGUUGAUAAGAAAGCUGAUGAGUUUAUUGCAAAGUUCAGAGAGCAAAUUAGGCUACAGAGAAUAGCUUCAAUUAGGAAAUCAACUACACAAAACGGACCCAGGUGAGGUGAGGUUAAGUGUUGUUAUUGUUUUUAAAGAUUUUAAAGAUCAUAAUCACUUUGUAAGAUUACAUGGGUUUUAACUUUUUAUUGGUUGAUCCUAUGAUAUAAAGUUAUAAACUAUUGUUUGUUUUUGCG